AUGGAAGUUAUAGGCGAACGAUUCUGUAAACACCUGAGCUUGAAAUUGCUUUUCACUGUAAAGAACAGCUACGACCAGUGUAAAGCUCUGUCUAAGAACCAGACAUUUAUUCAGUUUAUUCAAGGGCUCAGAGAUAGAAGAAAGGAUGAUAUGAUACAUAGUUACUUCUGCGAGUACUGCCACAAGCCAUCUAGUGAACUUGCAAAAGACGUCUCAACAAUUAUUGACCCGCAUUAUGCUGACAGCGUAGACAUGCUUGCUAGAAGUAAAUACACGCUGAGAUUCGGAGGAGACAUUUACAUGAAUCCUUCAGAUGCAUUCUCUCCAAAGCCUAUUGCUCAUAGGAAGUAAGACAGUCUUUGUAUCCC